ACCCGUGGCGCUUCUCCUCCUGCGUCAGCAUCCAGCACGCGGCCAGGCGCAGCUCGAGGGCAGAAUCCCUGAGGAAAUUCUUACAAGCUUCUCUCGCCCAGCACUCCACUCCGACCCCUCAGCAGCGCCUGGCGUCCUCGGCCUUCCAGGACAGGACCCGUCCCCGCUCCAGCCCUCCCGCAGCUCUUAGGACUGUAGUCAUCGCCGUCAGCACGUCUGCGGAGCAUCCUGAAGAGUUGGAAUUCUGAAGGAAUCUCUCAGACGCAAAUCUCUACCUGGGCAGGCUUUUCAGACUAUCUCUGCCCAGAAUGUCAGGAGAGGCCACAGUCUUGGCUUACCGUGCCCCAGAAGAACAGGAAGGACUUAUAGUUGUCAAGGUUGAAGAAGAAAAUUAUGUUUGGGGCCAGGACUUUGGCCUUCAGGGAAACUCCUGGAGCCAAGAGGUAUUACGGCAGCAGUUCAGGCAAUUUAGUUACUCUGACUCCACUGGCCCUCGGGAAGCUCUGAGCCGGCUCCGAGACCUUUGCUGUCAGUGGUUGAGGCCAGAGGUGCACUCCAAGGAGCAGAUCCUGGAGUUGCUGGUGCUGGAGCAGUUCCUGACCAUCCUUCCUGAGGAGCUGAAAGCUUGGGUGCGAGAGCAUCGGCCAGAGAAUGGAGAGGAAGCCGUGACUAUGCUGGAGGAGUUGGAAAAAGAACUCGAUGAGCCAAGGCAACAGGACACAGCUCAUGGCCAAGAAAUGGUCUGGCAGGAAAUGACAUCCACAGGAGCACUGAAGUCUCUGAAUAGCCCGCUGAAGCCCUUACAGAACCAGUGCAAGAGUGAGACUCAGGAGCCUGAGGCUAUCCAGGAGAGAGACGGCAAGAUGGUGGCUGGCAAAGUGUUGAUGGCAAAGCAAGAAAUUAUUGAAUGUGUAGCCUCAGCAGCUAUGAUAUCUCCAGGAAAACUUCCUGGGGAAACACCUUCCAAACAGAUAGUUGAAGAAGCUUUGGGAGGUCUGGACAACUCUAAGAAGCAAAAGGGUAAUGUUGCAGGGAACAAAAUCAGUCAGCUUCCUUCUCAGGAAAGACAUUUUACUCUGUCAACCUUUAACAAAAGAAUCCCCACAGAACACAGUGUCCUUGAAUCUCAUGAGAGUGAAGGAAGUUUCAGUAUGAAUUCAAAUGAUAUUACACAACAGAGAGUUCACACUGGGGAAAAACUCUAUGAGUGCUUUGACUGUGGGAAAGCUUUUUGCCAGAGCUCAAAGCUGAUCAGACAUCAGAGAAUUCAUACUGGAGAGAGACCUUAUGCAUGUAAAGAAUGUGGCAAAGCCUUCAGUUUGAGCUCAGACCUUGUUAGACAUCAAAGAAUUCAUAGUGGUGAAAAACCUUAUGAAUGUUGUGAAUGUGGAAAAGCCUUCAGGGGCAGCUCAGAGCUCAUCAGGCACCGGAGAAUCCAUACUGGAGAGAAGCCUUAUGAAUGUGGAGAAUGUGGGAAAGCCUUCAGCCGGAGCUCAGCCCUUAUUCAGCAUAAGAAAAUUCACACAGGAGAUAAAGGCUAUGAAUGUAUUGAGUGUGGUAAGGCUUUUGGUAGGAGCUCUAUCCUUAUUGAACAUCAAAGAAUUCACACUGGAGAGAAACCUUAUGAAUGUAAUGAAUGUGGAAAAUCCUUCAAUCAGAGCUCAGCCCUCACCCAGCACCAGAGAAUUCACACUGGAGAGAAGCCUUAUGAAUGUAGUGAAUGUAGAAAAACAUUUAGGCAUAGGUCAGGCCUUAUGCAGCAUCAGAGAACACACACCAGAGUUUAACUCUGUGGGUAAGAGUUGUACAAUUGUGAAAUGCAAGAAAUUCACUGUAGGGGUGAGACUCCACAGAAAAUAGAAGUUUCCUGAGAGCAGGACUUCUGUCCUUCCAGCCCAGUUCAGUACUCCAAGAGGACAUCCACACAAAGAUGUUUGUUAUGAUUAUUGACGUGUUGAAUGGAAGAAAACUUUACCCAGGUCUUCUCCAAAAAGAAUGGUAGAUAUUUCCUUGAAAUGCCUAACCCAUUUCCAGAUAAGACCUAUCAGUAUCCCCUUCACUCCACUCUCUGCCAACUCAGAUACAGUUUCCACUGGGCAUCUUCACAGUAGUGUCAGGAUUGGGACAGAUCUUGAAAGAGCAUCUUAUAAGAUGGCAAAUGUACCUGGAAAGAGCAUUUGUAUUUUGGCGGGUGAAGGCAUGUGUUGAGAGUUACUCAACUAUCUGAAAUGUUGGAUUCAGAGAUUGUGAAAUACUGAAUUAUGCUAUUAGUUUAAUAGUAUCUGAGGCAGUUAAAUAGUACCUAAGGAAUGCUGCCUCAUUCUGCCCCCUUGCCAGUUCUCUCCUCAACCCUGAGUUUCCUGCUGAGGUCAAUGCAGGUCUACUUGUUUAUUGAGCACCUGCUAUGUGCUAUGCAUUGAGUUGAACAUGGUCAUUGCCCUCCAAGAGUUAAGGGCUAAUAGGAUAUGCAUAUAUACUAAACAGUAAUUACAGUAAAGUGUGAUAAAUGCUUUGGUAGGAAAAAUGCAGGAUUCUGGCAAAGUACAUGGCAGAGAUACCUAAACAUGGUCUAUGAAUCACUAAAGACUUCCUGGAUGUGAUGACAUCGCAGUUAGACCUAAAGGUGGGUAGAAGGUAGCAAGAGCAGGGGAAAAGAGAAGAACAGGAUCUAGAGACACCCCUUCAUCACGACUCUACUGCAGAAAUUGUCAUAGACCUAUUUUUUUUUAAAGGAACCUGAGGGAGUAAUUCAACAAAUAUUUACUGCCCUCAAGUAUAAUAGCUCAGGGUCUGCAAGCCUGGUAAGGAGGGGAGGGGGCAGGGAAUGGGGAAUAGUGGAGCCUGGGAAGGCAGAUCACUGUGUUUCUUUAUGCUUCCCACUUCCUGAGUCCCAGAGUCAUGAGACACAAACACUCUAGUCCCCACUGUCUCUUGGGCCUCUGAUAUGCAUUCUUUCCCUAUGUGUAUACAUGCCCGCAGAUCACUGUGUUCCUUUAUGCUUCCCACUUCCUGAGUCCCAGAGUCAUAAGACAUACUCCAGUCCCCACUGUCUCUCGGGCCUCUGAUACGCAUUCUUUCCCUGUGUGCAUACAUGCCUUUUCCCAUCAGAUGCACCGGAGUCUCCCACCACACUAAUUCUGAGCACUUUAGGGUCUCAUAGGUCACGCUGGGUCUAGGAUAGGCUCCCCAACUCUGUGAUUGUAAGUAGAAAAAGGGAAACCAAACACAUGGGGAUUCUGAGCCAGGCUUUAUGGUAACUAAUUCCUGCUGCAGAGAAGAGUCCUGAUGAAGGGGUGUCUCCAGAUGCUAUCUUAUCUUCAUUGUAUGUGCUAUAACCUCUGCCUGUAAGUCUCUCUGCUAAUUUUUAUUUUGGCAUUUUUAAUUAACCCACAAUUGCUGAGGGCAAUUAAUUAUCUAAGAGAAAGUUUGAUUCCUCUACUAAGAUGUCCUUCUAGAUGGUGUCAUUUCUAAAGAAGACUUGUAAUCACUGCUUCUAUUAGUCCAUUUUCACAUUGCUAUAAAGAUACUGCCCCAGACUGGGUAAUUUAUAAACAAUAGAGGUUUAAUUGGCUCACAGUUCUGCAGGGCUGGGGAGGCCUCAGGAAACUUAAAUCAUGGCUGAAGGUGAAGCGGAAGCAGGCAUCUUCUUCACAAGAUGGCGAGAGAGUGAGUGCAGGGGAAAUGCCAGGCACUUACCAAAAAAACAGAUCUCAUGAGAAUUCACUCACUAUCAUGAGAACAGCAAGGGGGAAAUCUGCCCCUGUGAUCCAAUCAUCUCCCACCAGGUUCCUCCCUCAACACCUGGGGAUUACAAUUCAAGAUGAGAUUUGGGUGGGAACACAGAGCCAAACCAUAUUACUGCAGUUGUGGCUAAUAGGGGAGGUGAAAUUUAGGGGACAAUUCAUUCCCUUUGUGUCUAGAGGUUGUGCAGUUAUCAAGUGAGGUAGAUCAGAAGUCUAAAGGGAUCCUUCAAAUGGAUAGCGAGUUGCCUUUUCCUAUAGGUGACAAUCAGAUUUAAUGUUUUAAAUAUCAUUUAAUAGGUUUCUCUCCUGAUUGUGAAUUCUAAAUAUUGGUAAUACAGAAAAUGAGAAAGCGUAAACCACCCCGAAUCUCAUUGUCCAUAGAAACGUUAACAUUUUGGAGUACUGUCUAUUAGUGUUUAUUUUUCCCAAUCCUAUUAUUUUUAGUAAAACUGUUUAGUAAAUAAUUUUUGGUAACUAAUUUCAAAAUUUAUACUUUUGAGUGUAUACUUCAACUGUUUAUUAUUAGAAUGUAAUGAAAGAUGUAAUAAAACUUGAGUUUUAAAAGUU